UAGGAUAACUGAGAGAAGAUUGGAGUGGGGAGCGGGAAAAGACAAGGAAAAAAAUGAGAGGAAUCGGAGGGCCCUUGCUGUGCAUAGGAGAUCUACUGACCGACGUUGGGGAAGCUGAUCCUCACUCCGAUCAACCAUCACCUCUCUCAUCAUCGUCAUCUUCCUCAAUUCCCUUUUCCCCUCAUACCCUUCAACCCUCUCAUCUCAAUCGACUCUUCCAGGAAAACUAUGACCAGUUGAACAAAGCAUUUGCUGGUACAGACCACUCAUGGACCGCUCUAACUCUCAAGCUCUGCACUGCUUUGCAAACUGCAAACACGUUGGUUCAGUCCACCAAUACAAAUGUUGAAUUGCUGUCAGAGAAGGUUGGAGAGCUUGAGAGAGUAGUCAAGAGGGGAGAUUCUGCCGUGGCAGCAGCCAAAGCCAUUCAUAUCUCUCUAAAUCAGAAGGACCAUUAGUUGGCUUUCAGCACAUCAAAAAAUCCAGAACUCACCAGGCAUAAGGUAGAUUCGUGGAAUCUUCCUUCAUAGUUCAUUGGGGAGCCAAAGGUGUUGACUUACUCCUUUGUUGAGAGAAAGUUUGGAAAUACGUUUGCAAAAAGGGAAGCCUUAAUCUUCAAAAGAAAUUUGUUGCGUGUCCCUAUUGAAUUUUUAAACUUACUGUGGACAAUUCUUUAGGUAGUUAGCAUGUUGAUUUAAUAUUGAAUGAAUUAAUAAUAGAGUCAAGAUGCCAACUCUUAAUAUAUAGGAUAUGCAUGCACUUGAGUUUGUUGAA